CUAUGCAACCUCUGAGAGGUCCAUUCUGUGUCUGCCAUUGCCGAGGGUAGUGUAGUGCCCCGGAGCAAAGGCAAUGCAACUUGCUCUGUCCUGAGCAAUCAUGUCACAGACAGGGAGAAAAAGGCGAAGAGAGGGAAACCGGAGCAGUAGCAGCAAGAACAACAGAAAGGAAUCUCUCCAAGCAGACGAAUUUUCAAGCUCCAUUCGAGUUACUGUCAUUGUUUACUCGGACUUGAGCUUGAAUGAAACAGUGUUUUUGUGUCGAACCAGAGACGAACUGUUUGCACCUCUAGCAAAAAGUCAAGGACGGUGGAAAAUCCAAAGUUGAGGACAGGAAUCUCAUGUGGGAUUAGAUUUGGGCAAUCUAAUAAGUUGUCCACUUCGCUCAAAUUGGAUCAUGCGGUGGUGAAUUUAAGGGGAAUCAUUGGAGAGGCAGGGAGGGUCGCUUUUUCUUCUCGCCCUUCUUCAGUCUUCGCGUCCGUCUCCCUCUGGCAGAGAUCCCAAAAUCUUGCCCUCUCUCUCUCUCUCUCUGUUGCAGGCACUUUGAUGGAUUCGAAGGUGCCGCUAGAGGUCGCCGAGCUUCACCAGGAUAAGGGGGAAGGCGCCACGGUGUCGCCAGCGUCACAAAGCAGCGACCUUUCGCCAUCCACGGGCACGGCGGUGGCGGGGGAGCAAAGGCGGCAUCUUGCGCCCAAGAGGUGCUCCAACAAGGACCGCCACACCAAAGUUGACGGUCGGGGAAGAAGGAUCAGGAUGCCCGCCCUGUGCGCCGCCAGGGUGUUCCAACUUACACGGGAAUUGGGGCACAAGUCUGACGGGGAGACCAUCCAAUGGCUCCUCCAGCAAGCGGAGCCGUCAAUCAUCGCCGCCACAGGCUCCGGAACCAUCCCGGCGUCGGCUCUCGCCACAGCCGCCGCUGCUGGCUCCACUGCCUUUGCCGGGCUCCAACCAAAGUUUGACGAGAUUGAGCAUGGAAGCGCCUCCGUAGUGCGGGCUAACUGGGCCAUGAUUGGGCCUGCAGGCCUCCCUAGGUCUCACCCUGGCUUCUGGCCGCCACCAGGCGGUGGAUUCAGUUCCGGAUUCUUGCAUUCGAUGGCGGCUGCCCCAUCAAGCUCGAACCUUGGGUCCGCAGGCGCUGGAGAUGGUUCCGCCGGCAACUUCAUGCACAGGAUGGGGAUGCAUGGGCUGGAAUUGCCCAUCCCCAACGUGGGAGCAAUGAGUUUCGCAUCGAUGCUUGGAGGCCAUGGACAGCAGCUACCCGAUCUGGAGCUCGGCCUCUCUCAAGAUGCCCAAAUUGGGGUUUUGAAUCCCCAUGCCAUGAGCCAGUUUUAUCAGCAGAUGGUGCCCGGGAGGUUGGCUGCUGGCGCCGAUGGUGGCCGGCAGCUGCAGCAACAACAUCAACGACCUCCGCCACCCCCUCAUCAGGAGGAGGAGGAGGAAGAUUCACAGGAUGGGUCAGAACACUAAGAAGGAGGACAUUCAAGCUGCGAAAUUCAAGCUUUGGCUUCCUUUGAUUCCUUUUCUACUUUGUUUGAAUUCAACUAGAAAAAGCAAGAAAGAUGGACAAUUCGACUUCAUUCAUUGAAGUGUAACAGUGGUUUGAUCUUCCUGCCCAUCCUUUCUCUGCAACCUUCACUAUGGUUUUCAAGCUCAGGUAUCACUUCAACUGUUAGUUCAAAAAAUUGCUUAUUAUAGUAGCAAGCUUGCUUUUCAAUGCUAUUGCGAUGCGUGUGGAACACACAGGUGUGCAAUAACAGAGCUCGACAUAUCGACCGGAAGCCCGAUCUCUUGUUUAUCAAGAUUAACAUGGAGAUAAGAGUUCAAAAGGGAACUUGUGAGCAUCUCGGUGGGAGAGUUGUGAUGUUGUUAUUUUUGCGAGGAAAUAACUCUUGUUAUAGACAGUUUCAUCGAUACUUUUGUGGAAAUAUUGUUGUGAAUUGGUGCAUUAAGUUGGCUUGUUUUGAUAGAAAUGUCUAUGAUGCAUAUGAAUUUCGAGAA